UUUGGACUUUGGUUACGCCUGCUUUUUAUUUCCCUUUACAAAAUAAUUCUUGAAAACCCCCCUUUCGCUACAAACGCCAUAGCUGCCGCUGGUGCCAUCUUCUUCCUGCAUCAUUCCUCUAGUGAAGAACUUAAUAUCCGCUUGCUAGUGAUCGGAGCAUAACGGCGGUUGGGGUUUUGUAGGGGAAUUUGCAAUGGUGGUGCCUGCUCAUCUCACAGCUGAGGCUGUUAAUGAGCUUCGAGAAGGUAUCGAUCUGCUUCUUGGUCGAUGGAGUGCACUUCAGAUGGCUAUUCAGAACGAAUGGGGUGGACGUGACACUCGACAGAAAGCCCAACAACUUGCACUUGAUAUCUAUCACUGGCUAAUCAGACCUGCUGAGGCAUUAUAUGUAGAUGAUUUGGAGAAUUUACUUGAUGAUUUUAUGCUCUCUCUUAAUACAGAGAUCGAUGAUGGUAGCAUUGAGGAGAUAUCAGAGAAUCUAAUGAUCAUACAUGAAGAAUGUUUGGAAGGUAAUUUUGCCUCAAUCGAAAGACUAAGGCAAUCUGCUUCUCAAACUGCUAAUCAUCCCAUGCAGGUUGUGACUGGUGAUGAUGAUGAUGAUGAUGAUGAUGAUGAAUCUGAUUCAGGCUCAAGUUCAGGGGAUGAGCCAAUGGAUAUGGAAGAUGGAGUUGACCAUUUGACUGUUGGUGAACCAGGGAGGGGACCCACACCAAUGGUUGAUGCUGAUGGCUGGACUGUGGUCUCUUCUAGAAGAAAUAGAGGAGGGACGCGCUAAGCUUGUGUUUAUUUAAUAAAUAUAUAUUUACAGAAGUCAUUUUUGGAAAAGAGUGGUUCAUAUACAAAGUCUUGAUUUUGUUCUUUGUUAGUGGGGAUAGAUUUUUUUAUUUUUUAUUUUUUUUUAUUUAGGUAUUAUAAGAGUUUGUGGUUUAGUUUUACCAUGUGUUGGGUUUUGUAUGACAGUUAUUUGUUAUGCAGUUAAUAUGUGCUGUUUAGUUAA